AUGUCCUGCUACGACCUGUGCUCCAUCGGUGGCUCUGGCCUCAUUGGUGGCUCCGGCCUCAUCGGUGGCUCUGCCUGCGGUGCCCUCCGGCCCCAGCCCCUGGCCAGCAGCGGGAAUGAGCCGUGUGUCCGCCAGUGCCCUGACUCCACCACCGUGAUCCAGCCUCCCGCCGUGGUGGUCACCUUCCCCGGCCCCAUCCUCAGCUCCUUCCCCCAGGAUUCCGUGGUGGGAUCUGCUGGAGCACCCGUCCUUGCAGCCUCCGGGGCCUCCCUGGGCUAUGGGGGAUUUGGCUCUGGGGGCUAUGGGGGAUUUGGCCUUGGUGGCUAUGGGGGUCUGUGGGGCUAUGGGGGCUCCUCCCUGGGCUUUGGGGGUCUGGGGUACUGUGGGGGCUCCUCCCUGGGGUACCGGGGUCUGUUUGGCUCUGGGAGAUCCUUUGGCUCCUGCAGCUCCUACUCCCGCUAUGGCCGCUACCGCCGUGGCAGCUGUGGCCCCUGCUAA